AUGUUUGUCAAGUCUACCGCCGUCGCCCUGAUUGUAGCUGUUGGUUCAGCCUCGGCUGCCGUCAUGUCUUACGGCAAGGAAUCCCUCAUGAAAGAGGAUCCCGACUUCGGCCUCUGUCUUCCGACUAUGAAGUUUGAGGGUGGACUUGGUGGACGAUCUUCAGUGGACUUUACUUUCUUGCCCACAGACCCAUUGUGCGCUCGUGGUCAGCAAGAGGCGUCGAACCCCAACAUCAUUACCAACCGAAUCUGCGACCAGCUUUCCACCGUCUGUGGAGCAAACGAAGCUGCAAAGGCUCUUUGCCGGGAGUCACAGACCAAGAUCCGAGCUUUGGGAACUCGCGACCGGUCCACCGCGGAGACCUGGAACACGCUCAUGGGCUUUGGGGGGGCUUUGACCAACCCAGACGGUGGAGCUCCGGCGCCCAAUGCUGUCAAGAACGACCUGAAGAAGAGAGACACCAAGGAUGUGGAGAAACGAACUCCUAUUAUCUACUGUUCUACCACCGAGUGGAUUGAUGACUGCACUGGAUGGCCUGCUCCUGAACCCGUUGUCAAGAGAUCCGAAGGUGCUGCUCCUGCUGCUCCCGUCAAGAAGCGGAGCCUGGAGCCCGCUGCGCAGCCCAAGGUGGAGAAAAGGUCGGAGGAGAAAGCAAAGAGGGCGGAUAUCCCAAUGAUCUACUGUUCGACAACCGAAUGGAUCGAUGAUUGCACUGGUUGGCCAUAA